AUGAGGUUUGGGGCGUUGAAAGAAGCAAAGGAAGGGGUGCAAUGGGGCUACAUUGAACACGACACCAGGAGCACACAGGCUCUAGUAGAGAGAGAAAUAAGAAGGGUCAUCAAGGGAGGGGUAAGUCUCAAGAUAGGCAUGACUAUAGUAAUAAGGAUUACGAAACAGGGCACAUUCAGAUCUCAAGAGGAUGAAAAACUUAAAAGAUGGAGGAAUAAGAGAUCUCGAUUGCUGAGGCCAAAGAGGAGAAUGGCCACUGGUAUUGUACUUUCUGUUGUGGAGAAUCUGAUUUCAGCACUACAGAUCACAACUGUUGAGACUAUUAAAGCUGUCUUCCUUGAUGCUGAGUCCAAACAUCAAGAACUCAACUAUCGAGGGAAACUUUGGCUUUCCAAGCUCAAGGAUGCUGUUUAUGAUGCAGAUGAUUUAUUUGAUAAGUUCACUACUGUUGCUGAGCAGUUGAAAACAAUUCCUGAUGGUAAGAUCUCUAAGAAAUUCCGUCGUUUCUUUAGUAGUGAUAACCAGUUGCUUUUUGCUGCUAAUACUUCUAAGAAGAUUAAAAUGAUUAGACAGAAGUUGGAUAGCAUUGCUAGAGAUCGUACUCAGUUUGGCUUUGAUGAUUUAUACAUUCCUGUUAAUAGGAGAGACAAAACCUCUUCAUAUGUUCAUGAGCCUAGUAUUAUCGGGAGAGAUGCUGAUCGAGAGGCCAUUAUGGAUUUGUUGUUGCAGGAGUUAGAUUCUUCUAUAGUAGAGGUUGAUGAGAAUAAGAUAUCUUUCGUGACAAUUGUUGGGAUGGGAGAAAAUGUUAGGAUUGAAGAAAUACUUGCUAAGAUGCUAGGAAAGAGUGAGCUUAGCGUAAAACAGUUGAACAGGGAGGCUCGUCGACUUAUUGAAGGAAAAAGGUACCUUCUUGUACUCGAUGAUGUAUGGAGUGAAAGCCGUAAUGAGUGGGCUAAGCUUAGGGAAUAUUUGCUUUUAGGUGCAACUGGAAGUAGAGUAAUUGUUACUAGCCGCUCAAAGAAGGUGGCUAGAGCGUUAGGAGAUGAUCUCAUGUAUGAGCUGCAAGGUCUAUCGGAUGAGGAUUUUUGGCUAUUGUUUAAGAGAAUAGCAUUUAAUCAAAACAGUAGACAACGUGUAGACUUAGACCUUGUUGAAAUUGGCAAAGACAUUGUGAAAAAAUGUGCAAAUGUUCCUCUGUCCAUAAGGGUAAUAGGCAGUAUGUUGUAUGAACAAGAUAAAAGCAAGUGGCGAAUAUUUCGCGAAAUGGACUUGGCUAAAAUGGGUGAAGGUGAGGAGGGAAUAAUGCCGAUAUUGAAGUUUAGCUAUUUUCAUCUUACUCCACAAUUGAAGAGUUGUUUUAGCUAUUGUGCUCUCUUCCCUAAGGAUUACAAGAUUUACAAAGAAAUGUUGAUCAACUUGUGGUCUGCCCAUGGUUGUCUUAAACCUUUGAAUGAUAGUUGGAGUAUAAUAGAUGAUGUUGGUGAUGAAUGUUUCAAUAUUUUAUAUCAGAGAUGUUUUUUCUAA